CAAGAGCGCGGAAGGCGGCCGGGCCAUGGGCGAGACGGUCUUGCGCUCCCCGCUGCGCACCGCGCGCGGCCGCUUCCUGGUCUCGCUGCCGGAGGGAGGCCGGCUCCUGGUGGGCACCCCCGAGGCGGUGGAGCCGGGCAGCGCCGGUCCCGGUUUCUGCAUUCCUGUCCAGGAAAUGGUCGCCGUGAGGCUUGGAACAGCCAGGGAGGCAAAGGGGGACUCGUGUCCUGCCAGGGAUGAAAACUCUUUCACAGUGUUUUUCGUCCAGAGAGAGAAGGGGGGACGGUGGAGCCUGGGAUCUCUGGAGUUCACAGCCCCACCCGAGUCGGAGCUGGCCACCCGCUGGGUCACAGCCCUGCAGAUCUGGAUUUCUCACCACGGCAUCACAAGGCCCAAGAGCCUUCUGGUCUUCAUCAAUCCGGCCGGGGGACGCAAGAAGGCCGUGGGCAUCUACCAGGGGCAGGUGGCUUCGCUUUUCGCCCUGGCAGGGAUCCAUACUCAUGUUAUAGAGACCAGCCGAACCAACGAGGCCCACGAGUACAUCUUGCAUCAAGACCUCUGCUCUACGGACUGCGUCUGCUUCGCGACAGUGGGAAUCAACGAUCCCGUCACCUCUGCCCUGCACAUCAUUAUAGGGGACAGCCAGCCCCUGGACGUCUGCAGCAUUCGCCACAAUGGGAAGCUGCUCCGCUACUCCGUCUCUCUGGCGGGCUACGGAUUUUACGGCGACGUGGUGAGCGCCAGCGAAAAGCACCGUUGGAUGGGGCCGGUGCGCUACACCUAUGCAGGCGCGAAGGCUGUGCUGAGCAAUCGUAGCUAUGAAGGCACCGUGGAAUUCCAAGUGGCAGGGCUGGAGGAGGCCAAUCCGCGGGACCAGACGCGCUGUCGGUCAGGGUGCCUGGUCUGUUCGGAGUCUACCCAACACCUCUUGGCUGGAAGUGAAGAAGAGAAGCUCUCGGAGUCGGAGGGAUGCGCAGGUGGUGAAUGGCAGCAAGUUAAAGGCCGUUUCCUGGCCGUCAACGUGACUUCCAUGAGCAGCGCCUGCCCCAAGAGCCCGGAGGGUCUGUCCCCCUGCGCCCACCUGGCCGACGGAACUGCCGACCUCAUCCUGGUGCGCGAAUGCUCCACCUUCUCUUUCCUGCGACACCUGACAAGGCACACCAACUCCUCGGACCAG